UACCCCCAUUGAGUUCAGCUGCUGAGGGGUGUGCCAAGAAAUCAGAAGAUCUCCAUGAACCUCGGCUUGAAACAGCUCAUUCAUCCGCUCAGAAUAUUCACCACAUUUUUACUUCAAAAUGUUUCAAAUCCUGCUUUCUUUUAUAUUCAUGUGGUGUGGUUUUUCAUUAGCCAUUGUCAGUGAGAAUCUUGACAAACAUUGGAACCUGUGGAAGAAGAAGCACAGCAAGACCUACUCUCACAAGAUCGAGGAGCUUGGCCGCCGGAGAAUAUGGGAGAACAAUUUGGAGUUGAUUAAUGUGCAUAAUUUGGAGACUUCUCUGGGUCUACACUCAUUUGACAUGGGCAUUAAUCACUUUGGAGAUCUGACGAUGGAGGAGAUCGGUAACCUGACUGGUCUGAAAGUGCCUGCAGAUUUGGAGCGAGGUCCUUUCAAUCUCAAUGUGGUGAAUGUGUCUCUGCCGGCUUCUGUGGACUGGAGAAAGAAGGGCCUGGUGACUGAGGUGAAAACACAGGGUUCAUGUGGCUCGUGCUGGGCUUUCAGUGCAGUUGGAGCUCUGGAGGGGCAGCUGAAGAAGUCCACAGGGGUCCUGAUGUCUCUGAGCACCCAAAACCUGCUAGACUGCUCCAACAAAUAUGGAAACCGUGGCUGUGAGGGCGGCUUCAUGUCAAACGCUUUCAAAUAUGUCAUAAAGAACGAAGGCAUCGCUGCAGAUAAUUCUUACCCCUAUCAUGGCAAGCGUAGUCACUGCAAGUACAACCCAGAUUAUAGAGCUGCCAACUGCACUGGAUACACGUUUCUGCCAAAAGGAGAUGAACAUGCUUUAAAGGUUGCCGUUGCCACCAUUGGUCCAGUUUCUGUGGCCAUUGAUGCUUCAAGACCCAAGUUUGUCUUCUACAAAAACGGAGUGUACAAGGACAAAUCCUGCUCGCAUUCAGUGAACCAUGGGAUGCUGGUCGUGGGUUACGGGACAGAAGAUGGACAGGAGUAUUGGCUGCUCAAAAAUAGCUGGGGCAUAGGAUACGGAGAAGGCGGCUACAUCAAGAUGGCCAGAAACCAGAAGAACCUCUGUGGCAUUACCCUUUAUGCAUGUUUCCCAACCAUGUGACUGUAUUUGCAAUAAAUGCACGAUUUGAUUAUGUA